UACUGGCAUGGUAUUUUGAACCCGAAGUAGCCCAUUAUAUUUUCGUUAGUAAAGUCCAACGGUCACACAGAUCCAUACGUCUAAAUAAACUUUUAAGCAGUAAAGUCAAUGAAAUAAGUGGAAAUAAAACAGUGCGAGUAACGGAGAAACAGCAAGGCACGCAGAGGAGCAGCAACUGGACAAGAACAACAUGGCCAACAUACUGGAGAACCAACUGUUCACGGCGGCCAAAACCAUCGAGCAGCAGCUGGACCAGCAGCUCGACCGCCUGGACAACCUCGACUCGGAUGACUUGAAGGCCCUGAGGGAACAGCGCCUCCGCGAGAUGAAGGACCUGAACAACAAGAAGCAGGAGUGGCUCAGAAACGGUCAUGGCACCUACACCGAGCUGGCCGACGAAAAAGAGUUCUUCGAGAUGUCGAAAAAGUCGCCCAACAUUGUUUGCCACUUUUACCGCGACAGCACCGAGCGCUGCAAGAUCGUGGACAUGCACCUGAAGAUCCUCGCGGCCAAGCACGUGGAGGCCAAGUUCUGCAAGGUUAAUGCCGAAAAGACUCCUUUCCUGACCCAGCGGCUGCGCAUCAAGGUGAUACCCACCAUCGCCCUGGUGAAGGACAGCAAGACCAAGGACUUCAUUGUCGGAUUCACCGAUCUGGGCAACUGCGACGACUUCGCCACCGAGAUGCUGGAGUGGCGCAUCGCCCACUCGGGGGCCAUUGAAUACAAGGGUGAUCUGAUGCAGCCACCAGAUGUGAAACGCAAACCAUUCAUCAACCGCCCACAGAAGACAAUACGUGGAGGCUACGACUCGGAUGACUCCGAUAUCGAUCUGGAUGACUAACUACGGGCAGUCUAUCCCACACUCUCGAUAACCCCAGCUCCAGCUUUAGUUCCACACUCCCACACAAGACACACUCAAAAGCGAUGGAGAAACAAAAAUGGACACACACAAAUCAAAACCUAGCACAUGGAUCUAAACCAAUUAGGCAUACUCUAGCGUUAUUUAUUUAAUUAUACGAUUCCGAUCCCUCUGCUACGAUCCCAGCUACGGUUCCCAUCGUCACAUAGUAUAAGUGGCUAAUUCAGUUGCCUUUUCCCCGAUUAUGUGCUUUAAUAUCUAUCAGUUCAAUCAGCUGCCUCGAAGGCUGAGCCACUCUAGCGAGCUUAAGCGUACUCAAAAUUUGAUCUUUAUGGUAUUUGCAAUUCCAAAUGAAUGUGCACCCUUCACGUAUAUAUGUUAAGUUGAACAUAGUUUUACAAACCGCCCUCGCCAAUGAAAACGGUGUAACGUAACGUAAUGAAAACGUAAAUCAAGAAAAUAACAAACAGCAUAAAAGACAAGCAACAUAAUAUCUGGAAUAUAUAUUUCUAAAUUUUCGAUAAAAAGUGUAAUGCAUUUCCUACAGUAGAGGUAACUAACACAUAUGUACAAGUUUUUUAUAUUUAUUUUUGUAAUUCUACAAAGCAUCAAAGGAAAUCAACGAUUAAAUUGCAUGUUCAAAACAAAGCAAACGUACUUAAUUGCAAGCGUCUUGGCAAUUGGUUGUAAAGAUAAGUGGUUCCCAUGCAGGUAUUUUGCAUUUCAUAUCGUAUUCUUGGUAAGCUUGUAUUUAAAUCAACUAGCGAAAAGCUAUAUUUUAUUAAAAGAUGGCUUUUAAAAUAAUUGCACUUAAAAAACUGCUGCAUUGCAAUGUAUUUAAAAGUACAGGAAGAAUCUAAAGAUUACUGUGCGACUCUUUAAUUAUCAGCUUUCUUCGAGAAUUAAAGAUAUCCGACAUUAUAAAACAUUUAUAGGAAAACACAAAACAGAGCAUUUAUGGAAUAGAGAUCUUAAAAUAAUAGUUUUAAGUGAUGGUAUUUUCCUGAACAGCUGAUCCUGAUAUUCGAAAAAUCCUCCCUUAAAACAAGGGUUGCCAGCCCUGCCGCAGACGAAUAACGGAAUGGCCGCCAAUGAUAAAAAGGGACGCCAACUGAAGCAAUUUACCUGAAAUGACGCCGUAAUCCCGGUAAUUGCAGCUUGCUCGCCAUAAAACUAAGGUCCAGACUAGCGUCAAAAAUCGGGGCAGAAACUUUUACCUGCCAGGUGCCUAAAAUCCCUAUAAAGGAUACGAAAUUCGAAUUACCAUCAUUGGUGUUGUGGAACUCGAAGUGUACA